AUAUUUCUACCCGCCCUCUAUACUUCAGUUUUUGACAUAAAACCCUACGCCCUUCCCUCUCCCUCUCUUCUGCCAUUUGUAUCUCCAAUCCAUGGAAACCCUUUUGCUCUGAUUGCACAAAUUGGUGCAACGCGCUUCUUCCGUCGGCACGACCUUCAUUAGUUGAGAAAAAAACAACGGAAAAGCUUGAGGAGAAGGUACAGGAUGAGUACGGUCGAUAAAAUGUUGAUAAAGGGCAUCCGGAGCUUCGACCCGGAGAACAAGAACGUCAUAACUUUUUUCAAGCCAUUGACUCUCAUCGUUGGCCCAAACGGUGCUGGAAAAACGACUAUUAUCGAGUGCUUGAAAGUGGCCUGCACAGGGGAAUUGCCUCCAAAUGCACGUUCUGGUCAUAGCUUCAUUCAUGAUCCCAAGGUGGCUGGAGAGACAGAGACAAAGGGUCAGAUAAAGCUGAGAUUUAAGACAGCUGCCAGGAAAGAUGUGGUCUGCAUUCGGUCCUUUCAGCUCACUCAAAAGGCUACCAAGAUGGAGUACAAAGCAAUUGAGUCUGUUCUCCAGACUAUAAAUCCGCAGACUGGAGAGAAAGUUUGUCUAAGUUAUCGUUGUGCUGAUAUGGAUCGAGAAAUACCUUCUUUGAUGGGUGUAUCUAAGUCUAUUUUGGAGAAUGUUAUAUUUGUUCAUCAAGAUGAGGCAAAUUGGCCGUUGCAAGAUCCAUCAACAUUGAAAAAGAAAUUUGAUGAUAUAUUCUCCGCAACUAGGUACACAAAGGCAUUGGAGGUUAUAAAAAAGCUGCACAAGGAUCAGGGGCAGGAGAUAAAGGCGUAUAAAUUAAAAGUGGAGCAUCUGCAAACACUAAAAGAUGCAGCCUUUAAGCUCCGACAAAGCAUCACGCAAGAUCAAGAGAAAUCAGAGGUAUUAAACAGUCAGAUGCAGGAGCUUGACUUAAAAAUUCAGAACAUGGACAGGGAAAUCAAUCAAACUGAAUCAGUGCUGAAGGACCUACAGAAAUUACAAGGUCAGAUAGCUACAAAGUCAGGGGAAAGAAAAUCCAAGUUUGACGAACUACAGAGACGUCAUGAAGCACUUACUGAGGAAAAUGAAGACACUGAUGAACAACUAUUUGAGUGGAACUCCAAAUUUGAAGAAAAGAUUGGACUUCUAGAAUCCAAAAUCAGGAAGUUGGAGAGAGAAAAAGAUGAUAUAGAGGAUAAAAAUCGAGUUCUCGCUGAUGUAAUUAAAAAAAACAUGGAGGAGAUUGUGAAGCUUCAAGCUGCUGCUGAUGCUCACACAUCUUUGAAGAAUGAAAGAGACUCUACAAUUAAAAGUCUAUUCAGAAAGUAUAACAUAGGUUCUCCCCCUGGUGGACCUUUUAGUGAUGAGGUUGCUUUUGACCUUACUGGACGAAUUCAAUCCAAGUUAAAGGAUCUUAACAAGGACUUGCAAGAAAAAAAGAAAUCUAAUGAUGUAAAACUUGAAAUAUCGUGGGAUCAAUACAUGCAUGCAAAUGACCGUUGGAAGGAGAUUGAGGCUCAAAAGGAGGCUAAAGCAGAUGUGAAGGCUGGCAUUUUGAAACGAAUUCAAGAGAAAGCAAUUGAGCAUGACACUUAUGAAGCCCAGAUUUCUUCCGUGGAUGUUGCUAUGCUUGAUGAGAGAGAAAGGAACCUGCAAAUUGAGGUAGAAAGGAAAUCUAAUCAAGUUGCUGCUAAAGAUUUUGAUUUGCUUAUAAGACAAAAGCAGCGUGAAUGUUUUACUGUGGAUCAAGAAAUCAAGGCUCUUAGUCAGGAAAGGGAUGCCAUGAAUGCUGAUUCCCAUGACCGAGUCGUUAUUUCUCUUAAGAGAUCUGAGUUGGAAAACCACAAAAAAAAACACAAAAGAAUAGUGGAUGAAUACAAGGACAAAAUUCGACGUGUGCUGAAGGGUAGAAUGCCUCCGGAAAAGGAUUUGAAGAAUGAAAUUGUUCAGGUCGAAAGUUCUCUCCGGAGAGAGUAUGAUGAUUUAGACAAGAAGGCUGGUGAAGCUAGGAAUGAGGUCACUACGGUGAAGUUAAAAGUAGAUGAAGUGAACAGUAAUUUGUCCAAAUUCCACAAGGACCUGGAAUCAAGACAGAGAUUUAUCGAAUCUAAACUUCACUCAUUGGGCCUCCAGCCUGCUAGUAUUGACUCCUAUCUUAAAAUAUUAGAGGCUGCCAGAGAAAAGACCGAUGUCCAGAAAAGUAAAUAUAACAUUGCUGAUGGCAUGAGCCAAAUGUUCGAUGCGUUUGAAACCGUUGCUCGGGCUCAUCAUAUGUGCCCUUGUUGUGAGAGAUCCUUUUCUGCAAACGAGGAAGAUGAAUUUGUUAAAAAGCAAAGAGUGAAAGCAGCCGGUUCUGCUGAGCGAUUAAAAGCACUGUUAACAGACUCUUCAAAUACUGAUUUUCAAUUUCAACAACUAGACAAGCUUCGAGUGGUCUAUGAAGAGUAUGUCAAAAUUGGCCAGGAAUCAAUUCCUCUUGCCGAGAAAAGCUUGAAUCAAUUAAAUGAAGAAAUGGACCAAAAGAAUCAGGCUCUUGAUGAUGUUGUGGGUGUUUUAGCUCAAAUAAAGGCUGAAAAGGAUUCUGUUGAUGAGUUAAUGCAACCAGUAGAAACUGCUGAUAGGCUGUUCCAGGAAAUACAAGCUUUGCAAAAACAAGUAGGUGAGUUGGAAUGCAAACUUGAUAUUCAAGCUCGGGGUGCCAAAUCUCUUGAAGAUAUAACGUCAGAGCUGAAAAUGUUGGAAAGAACUAGGAAUUCCUUGGUUGAUGAUGUGGACAAAUUAAGAACUGAUCAAAUGGCCAUGGGCAAUGAAUUGACAACCCUUCAACUACGGUGGAGUAGUGUGAGAGAAGAGAAAAUUAAGGUUGCGAAUACUUUAUCCAAUGUUAAGAGAGCAGAGGAAGAGCUGGAUCGUCUUACUGAAGAGAGAAAUCAGAUUGACCUUGAUUUAAAGCAUUUGGCGGAAGCUGUUGAUCCUUUAUUAAAGGAGAAAAAGAAACUGCUUGAUGACUACAACAAUUUGGAAGUCAAGCUUAAUCAUGAAUAUGAAUUGCAGGCCGAUCACUGCAGAAAGUGCCAAACGGAAGUUGACACACUGCUUAAGAUGUAUUCUACAAUUAAGGAAUAUGAUAGCCAGAAUAAGGGGGAAAGAUUAAGAACUUUACAAGAAAAGCAAACUGCAACCGAAUCUGAGAUACAAAGUUGCGGGAUGAGAAUGAAUGAACUUUUGAAAGAACUAGAAAAGAGCAGAGACCUGAUACGCAAGCAGUCAGACUUAAAGCGUAAUAUUGAGGAGAACAUAGAAUACAGGAAGUUGAAGUCUCAAGUGGAACAGCUCACUCAUGAGAUUGAAUCACUUGAAGAGAAUGUAUUGAAAAUUGGUGGGGUUUCCAAAAUUGAAGCUGUUCUUCGCAAGCUAUCGCAAGAUCGGGAAAGUCUCCUUACUGAGCUGAACAGGUGCCGUGGAACCUUGUCUGUAUACAGGAGCAACAUUGAUGGGAACAAAGCUGAUCUUAAGCAGGCACAAUACAAAGACAUUGACAAACGUUAUUUUGAUCAGCUAAUUCAGCUGAAGACAACUGAAAUGGCGAACAAGGAUCUAGACAAGUAUUACAAAGCACUUGACAAAGCACUGAUGCGUUUCCACUCAAUGAAAAUGGAGGAGAUUAAUAAGAUCAUACGAGAACUGUGGCAGCAGACUUACAGGGGACAGGAUAUAGACUAUAUCAGUAUUCACUCAGAUUCUGAAGGUGCUGGUACUCGAUCUUACAGUUAUAAGGUCUUAAUGCAAACUGGAGAUGCUGAACUAGAAAUGAGAGGAAGAUGCAGUGCUGGUCAAAAGGUACUUGCAUCACUCAUAAUAAGGUUGGCUUUAGCUGAAACUUUUUGCCUCAAUUGUGGAAUACUAGCACUUGAUGAACCUACAACAAAUUUGGAUGUCCCUAAUUCUGAAAGCCUGGCAGCAGCGCUGCAUAGAAUAAUGGAAGAUAGGAAAGGGCAAGAGAAUUUUCAGCUUAUUGUCAUCACUCACGAUGAACGAUUUGCUCAACUCAUUGGGCAGCGACAACAUGCCGAGAAGUACUACCGCAUCACUAAAGAUGAUUACCAGCACAGCAUUAUUGAAGCUCAACAGAUAUUUGAUUGACAUCACUCAGGUAGUCAUCAAUAUAUAUAUGUAUGUACGUCUUGUCUGCCAAAUUAUGUAUGGAUAGUAGUCCCCAGUGUUAAGAUUAUGGUUUAAGCAAGUAUUAUGAUCCAUAUGUAUUUCUUAACUUUACAUUGGGGUGGGAAUGAUUUUUGGUUCAUGAUUAUGUUGGUGGUUCUUAUAACUUAUUUGGAUGCUUAGAUUGUGUGUGUGUUUGCUAUUUCACCUUAUAAAUUCUGGAGUCCUUCCUAGGCUAUAUUCUUUAUGUAUGAGAGUAGGAGUUUUUUCCUUUAGGUCUUGUCUGUCAUAUCUGUCAUACAUGUAUCAUUUGCCUUAUGGAGACUAGUUUGCAUGUCAAUUUAGUCAGAAUGCACUCGUAAAGUAGCCGUA